GAGAGAUACAAAGUUGAUUUGAAACUGAAACUCUCUCGCCAAUGGAGGAGACCAGGAACAGGAAGAAAGAGGAUGAGGAGGAGUUCUCAAAUGGUCAUCACCACCAAGAAGAAGAUGAGGAGCCAGCAGUCAACUACAGAGGAAUUAAGGCUAUGCCUUACAUCAUUGGGAACGAGACGUUCGAGAAGCUGGGGACGGUGGGGUCGGCGUCGAACCUGAUAGUGUACUUGACGUCCGUCUUCAACAUGAGCAGCGUCUCCGCCACCACGCUCAUCAACGUCUUCAACGGCACCUGCAACUUGGCCACUCUCGUCGGCGCUUUCCUCUGCGACACUUACUUCGGCAGAUACAACUGCCUCGCCUUCGCUUCUGUGUCCUCCGUCUUGGGAAUGCUAGUUCUAAUGCUAACCGCCGCAAUCCCGGUCCUCCACCCACCAAAAUGCGUCCCCGGCCAACCAUGCUCCAAACCAACCGCCGCCCAGUUCACCUUCCUAAUAAGCUCCUUCAUAUUCCUAGUCAUCGGCGCCGGCGGCAUCCGCCCAUGCAACCUAACCUUCGGCGCCGACCAAUUCAACCCGAAAACCGAAUCGGGCCGAAAAGGAACCAACAGCUUCUUCAACUGGUACUACUUCACCUACACGUUCGCCGUCAUGGUCUCCGUCACCGGCAUCGUCUACGUCCAGUCCGACGUCAGCUGGGCCAUCGGCCUCGGAAUCCCCGCCUUCCUCAUGUUCCUCUCGUGCGCGGUCUUCUUCUGGGGCACGACAAUGUACGUCAUCGUCAAACCUCAGGGCAGCCCGUUGACCAGCGUGGCUCAGGUUCUCGUCGCUGCUUCCAGAAAGCGAACCUUGAAAUCAACUGAAAAUCCCCACGUCGACGAACUCUUCAAUUAUUUGCCGGUCAAGUCUUUGAACUCCAAGCUAGGGCAUACCACGCAAUUCAAGUGUCUCGACAAAGCAGCAAUCGUCACGGGACGUGACGAGUUCAACCCCGAGGGCUCACCGAAACAGCCGUGGAGGCUCUGCAGCGUGCAACAAGUCGAGGAAGUGAAAUGCGUGGUUAGAAUUAUCCCCGUGUGGUCGACUGCCAUUUUGUUUCACAUCGCCAUAAUGCAACAGCAGACGUACGGAGUGUUCCAAGCGUUACAAUCCGACAGGCGGUUAUCGACCUCGGGGACGUUUCGUGUACCCGCGGCCACGUACAUUAUUUUCACCAUGCUGGCUCUGACCUUGUGGAUUCCGGUAUACGACCGGAUCAUCGUCCCUUACCUCGAGAAGGUUACUGGUAAAGAAGGCGGCAUCACGAUGCUUCAGCGCAUGGGGAUCGGCCUCAUCCUCGGCAUCUUUUGCAUGAUCGUGUCGGGGUUGGUGGAAGAGUACAGAAAGCACAUCGCGGCGACGAAGCCAGGGCUUGGGAUCGCUCCAAAGGGCGGCACGAUCUCAUCCAUGUCAGCGAUGUGGCUGGUCCCGCAGCUGGUGCUUACUGGACUGGCGGAAGGGUUCAACUACAUUGCGCAGGUGGAGUUUUUCUACAAGCAGUUCCCGGAGGGGAUGAGGAGCGUGGCUCAAGCGUGCUUCUUUGCCGGGAAUGCGCUUGCGAGUUAUCUUAGUGGGUUUUUGGUGUCUCUUGUUCAUCAUAUUACGACAGGGAGCAAGCGUGGGGAUUGGUUGCCGGAUGAUUUGAAUGAAGGGAAGUUGGAUUACUUCUAUUUCAUGUUGGCUGGGUUAGGUGUCCUGAAUUUGGGGUAUUUUUUGGUUUGUGCUCGGUGGUAUACUUAUAAAGGGGAUGGGGAAAGGGUAGGGGAGAUGGAGAUGAAUGCGAAGGAAAGCAAGAAAAAUGUUCAUCUUGUUGUUUAGGAAAAAGGUAAAGGGUAUACUUCAUGUUGUGCUUCAUAUGAAUAAACAAGUAAUUGGAUGAAAAGGGUGCAAGGAAAUAGUAUAAAAUUGGUCCAUGGUGAAUAAGCAUAGGGUGUACAUAACUCAUUUCAUAUAUAUUGAUUUUAAGAGGUGAAAUUAAAAGGCACUUGGAU